UGGAGUUUAAGCGAAGCACGCGAGAACAGCAGCUGGGGAUUUACCAGCCCCGGCGAAUAGGAAACAGGUCAGCCAACCCGUCAGUGGUCGUUGCGUGGAUUCCGAAAAGCUGUACCUUGGAUCCUGUAUAGGAGCUAAGAUUGUGAUAAAGUGAUAGAAAAUCCCGAGCUCAAACAACCAAAAAAUGGCAAACUCAGUGAUAAGUCAAGUCAUGCUCGCGGCGUUUCUAGUGUUCGCAGUGGAGCAGUAUUCCGUCUCAGCAAAUGUUCUCUUUCGACGGUUCUUCAUCGUUUCAGCUAUCGAACGGAAUUGCAUUCUUCCUCUGAAGCCGGAUUGGUCGUUUUUUUCGCCACUGAUCUUCAGCCUGGACGGAAAACUCAUCGCGUCCGAAAGCGUCAGCGAGGAAGUGGAGGACAUCACACUGGCAGUCGGAGACGAGGUUCUGCUGUCCUGUGCUCCAAAUUACUUCCGAGAGUUUUCAUCCGAAAAAGUACUCAGGGCAACAUGCAAAAAAGAUAAAACGCUGGUCGUUGAUGGUCAAGAUAAGAACUUCGUAUCUGAGCUUUUUUGUGAGGCUCGUUCAAUCGAGGAAAUAAUCGUUCCAGUUCGAGGAUGUCCGAGCAAUGCACGUUCCAUCGAGUAUGGCUACACGAAUCCAGUGAACAGCAAAUCAUUCAUCCUUGGUGAAGCUUGUUAUGAUGUUAAACGAGGACAGACUUUAUUCGUACAUACCAAGAUCAGAUCCGGAACUAACACAGUCGAAGCUCUUGCAUUGAAAACUGCAAACAAUGCUGACUACUUCCGACGAGAACAUCCAACGUCUCGGUACAAGGUGGAGCUGAACAAAGCCCUCAACAUUAACGAUCAUGCGGAGCGUUUCAAAGGUGUGUUCGGCAAUAAAAACAUUCCAAAGAUCGAAGCUCGCCGGUAUAUAAACGAAGACCUUCUAAGUCACAAACAGUAUCAAUCGGUUCUAAAGUUGGCGUGGAACUAUCAAAUUGUUAAGGACGCAUCAGUUCUGGAUAACUUCGAUAACCUGGUCGACGACAUAGCCGGCCUGGAUGCCAAGGAAGUAGAAAUUUACACCGGUGCUCAUGGAGUCCUCUCCCUCAAAGACAAAAACAAUCACAGCGUGGAUGUCUACCUAAAAGAAAAUCGCUUUCCCGUUCCGAAGUUCCACUGGACUGUGGUACGGUCGGAAAGCAAAGCGGUGGCGUUUGCUGUCUUCAAUAAGGCACAGCUAACGGAUGCCGAGCGGGAGAAAGACACCUUCUGCACCAGUAUAUGUGAUCAGUUGACGUGGAUCAGCACGUUGCAGGAGAAUAGUUCCUACAGUAAUCCCGAGCUGGGUUACGUCCUGUGUUGCGAUCUGAACGAGUUCCGUCGGACGAUAAAGGAAAUGCCUCCACUAAAUGGCAUAAAGGAGGUGCUGAUGUAGGGAAGCGGGUGACGAGCCCUUGCCUUCGGGAUAUGAAGGGUUCACCAUCGGUCCAUGUAUCGGUGGGCGAUCAACUAAACAAACAAAAGUGCUGGCAUGUGAUUUUAAUUUUUAUUAUUUAAUAAAUGAAUGUGUAGGAUGUGCUCUCUUAAUGAUUUAGAUGAAUGAUUGAACAAGUACAAUAGUAUAAAUAGCAAUUAA